AUGUGGCCGCACGUCCGCCUGGCGCUCGAAAACGAGGUGCUGUCCGGCCCCAGGAUCCGCCACGUCAUGUUUGCCGGCCACUCCAUGGGCGCGGCUGCGGCGACGCUGGCGUCUUAUGCGGCGCAGCGCUUCCUGGAUGCGAACCGGCCGGGGCUGGUAGUCAGUGCGCUGAUGGCGGCGUGCCCCAAUGUCGGCAACACCGCGUUUGCGCGCUCCCACGGCUCGCUGGUCAACUCGCGCCGCUUCACAUUCAUAAACGACGCGAUCACCCUGCUGCCCUGCGCCGGCGGCGACGGGCCGCGCGGCAUGCCCGCGUGCGCGACGACGACGGUCCGCACCGACGCGGGGCUGGCGCCGAAACAGACCACGUGGACUGGCUACGCCCCCGGCUACGGCUCCAUCGUGGUGGACGGCGAGUACAUGCCAGUCCAGUCCGCGGCCUGGGCCAAGACCGACCGCCUGCCGAUGCUUGACGUCGGCGCCGCCGAGGCGCUCACGGCCGCCGGCCACGUGUGUUCGUACGACUGCUUCUUCAGCCAGUGCUGGAGCACCGCGUCGGGCGCACCGGUGGGGUCAUCGUGCCUGCUGGCCAACGCGACGUCGAGGGAGCUGGCGACGCACUCUUACUGCUACGGGGGGAAGGGGGUUUCCAAGGGCCAACCUGUUCUGAUGAUCUACGAGAUGGCGCCAGCGGUCGCGCCCCGGGUCGCCGUCGACAGCGCACGCGGGAUCGACUGCGCACGCCGCUUCCAACACGCAUCAAGCAUCGGCAUCAACAUCGGCGCCCUCGGCGCCGGCGUCAGCACGCCCGCAGCAGCAGCACAGCGCCACCGGCGCGGCCCGAGGCGCGGGGCCCGUCGGUUAGGAUGCCUGGAGGCGCACAUGCAGUCGCGCGGGGCUCUGGCGAGGCAGCCGCAUCGCCGCGUGCACAAGGGCGUGCCGCCAGGGCGCACGCGCGCCGCCCCGCUGCGAUUGAGAUACAUUUGCGCUUGCCACGAAACGUGGUUUGCGGGCGAGCAGGAGGAGAAGGGCGGCGAGAGGCUGACGCACUCCACAACCAGCUAA